CAACCGUCCAGUCAACCCCUCCCUACUGGACUCCUUCCUUCCCACGGCCACAGGCCCACAGCAAGCGCCCUUCUUCUCCGUCCGAGCCCAGCCACUCUCUCUUCCUCUCCGAUUCGUGCUCGUCAACCUCUGGUGGGUAGUGGUGGACUGCCGGCGACGAGGAAUUUUCAUACAUCUGAGAUGUACAGGGCCUCAAAUUUCAUACCUGAUCCUAAUCAGGAGCUCCUAGAUGUCAAGCCAUUAAGGUCUUUAGCUCCCAUGUUCCCUGCACCCAUGGGAGUCAAUGUUAAUCAGUCAAGCACACCACCAUUGGUCUGUGUCACUCCGGUUGGCCAAUUUCCAACAGGGUUUGGUGCGGGGAAUCUUCCUUCCUUUGGAUCUUUUGCUACUUUCAGUGCCUCUGCGAAUGGUGUUUCUUAUACCGGCACCAGUGCCAACGGGCCCAUUGAUGCCACCCCUAUCUCUGCAUACAAGACAAGAUCAAGCAUGUUAGUUGAUGGUGAUGAUGAACCUUACUCUGGUAACCAAACUGUGGCAUCUGAACGGAAGGCUAGGAGAGGCCGUCCUCCUGGUUCUGGUGCAUCUGGUGCCGAUGGCUCAAAUGGUAAGUUAAAGCGCCCUAAGCCCACAUACAAGAAUUUUGUUGCUGGCAAGGAGCUUGCCUUUCUGCCAUCUGCAUCCGAUCCCAGGGAGAUUGUGGAAGCAGUUCACAUGACCUUUGAGGCACUCCGGAGAAGACAUCUGCAGAUGGAUGAAACACAGGAUGCUAGCAGACGUGCAGACCUGAAGGCUGGCGCCAUCAUGAUGGCCAGUAACAUCAGGGCCAAUUCGGGUAAGAGGGUAGGAACUGUCCCUGGAGUUGAAAUAGGGGAUAUUUUCUAUUUCAGGAUGGAACUUUGUAUCAUUGGGUUGCAUGCACCUAGUAUGGGAGGCAUAGAUUACAUGACUACUAAGUUUGGAAAUGAUGAGGAUUCUGUAGCGAUAUGUAUCGUCUCUGCAGGCGGUUAUGAGAAUGAGGAUGAUGACACAGAUGUGCUGGUGUACAGUGGCCAAGGGGGAAAUAGUAGGAAUACUGAGGAGAGGCAUGACCAGAAGCUUGAGAGGGGUAACCUAGCUCUUGAGAGGAGUUUGCACAGGAAGAAUGAGAUAAGGGUUGUACGGGGCUUCAAGGAUCCAUUUUGCAUAACUGGAAAAAUUUACGUGUAUGAUGGCCUCUACAAGAUUCAUGAGUCCUGGAAGGAGAGAACAAAGUCUGGUAUCAAUUGCUUCAAGUACAAGCUGCUGCGUGAACCUGGUCAGCGUGAUGGAGCUGCAAUAUGGAAGGUGACUCAGAAAUGGAUAACUAAUCCUACUACCAGAGGCAAUGUUCUACUAGCUGAUCUGUCAUCUAAGGCUGAAAUGUUGCCGGUUUGUCUUGUCAAUGAGGUAGACCACGAGAAAGGACCUGGACAUUUCACCUAUACUAACCAGGUCAAAUACUUGAGGCCUCUCAGUUCUAUGAAGAAGUUGCAGGGUUGCGGAUGCCAGAGUGUUUGCCUGCCUGGCGAUUCCAGUUGUGCUUGUGGACAACGCAAUGGAGGUGAUUUACCUUACAGUUCAUCAGGAUUGUUGGCCUGCCGCAAACCAAUAAUCUAUGAAUGUGGUGAUUCUUGCAACUGUUCUACAAAUUGCCGGAACAGAGUGACCCAAAAGGGAGCCAGGUUACAUUUUGAGGUCUUCAGGACCACCAACCGAGGCUGGGGUCUUCGCUGCUGGGACCCUAUUCGUGCUGGUGCAUUUAUAUGCGAGUAUGCUGGUGAGGUCAUUGAUGAGCUCAAAGUUAAUCUGAAUGAUAGUGAAGAUGAUUACAUCUUUCAGACCGUAUGUCCUGGUGAUAAGACUUUAAAAUGGAAUUGUGGGCCUGAACUGAUAGGUGAGGAAAGCACAUACGUAUCAGCUGAUGAAUUUGAGCCAAUGCCCAUCAAGAUAAGUGCAAAAAAUAUGGGAAAUGUCUCGCGUUUCAUGAACCACAGUUGCUCACCAAAUGUUUUCUGGCAACCAGUACAAUAUGACCAUGGAGAUGACAGGCAUCCACAUAUAAUGUUCUUUGCACUGAAGCAUAUUCCUCCCAUGACAGAGCUGACUUAUGACUAUGGUGUUGCUGGAGCUGAGUCUAGUGGUUCAGGUUCUCGUAGAACGAGGAACUGCAUGUGUGACUCACGAAACUGCCGGGGUUUAUUUUGAUUAGUUGGGACUUGCUCAUUGUGGUUAAUCAUGCAAAUUACUUUCUGCUAGAUCCUUCCACCGGACCCCAAGUUUGAGCUGCAUGGUGUUACGCCUCAAGGAUGAUCAUGCGACUGAUGAUAUCAUCGUCCGCGAAUGUGAACUGUGAAGGCAGUAAAUUAUCGUCGAACCGUAGAAUUUCCAUUUUUUUUCCUUUGUCGUAUGCUGCACUCGGCUCGCAGUGUGUGGUGGCCGUCGUCCCAUCAUUUGCUCUGAUGUGUUGCUGCUGCUGCUGCUGCUGCUAAUCCUGUGUACCAGUUGUUGCACCCGGUUUCGUAGUCCGAUUAGCCCUGCUCGCGCUGGACGCCUGGCCGUUGCCCGUGACUCCUUUGAUUUGGUGUCAUUGUAAAGUUAAAUCUGGUUUAGGAUCAUGUUGCUUUUGACUCGA